AUGGCCGCCAAGAAUGAAUAUGCAGAGCACACCGAGGAACCGGACAAAAAUCCCAACGCACCAUCGGGUCACGCAGAAGGAAAUGCGCUUCUUGUAGAUGCCCAUGGGAAUAUCAGACGGCUUCCCGUUCCUUCGAGUAACCCCAAUGACCCGCUUAACUGGAAGCCCUGGCAGAAAUGGGCAGUGAUUGGGACAUGUUGCUGGUUCUCCAUCAUGGGGUUGGCUUUGAUUGGUGGCUUGGGACCAAUCUUAGGGAUCUUCUUCCAACUUUACGGUCCACAGGGAUAUGGGCCAUCUGAAAUUGCAUUUCUCCUUACUCUGCCAUCUCUUUGUGUUGGCCUUGGCAAUUUUAUCAUUCUUCCGGUAGCUCUAGCAUAUGGCCGACGUCCAAUCUUCCUAGUCUCGACUAUUGUCCUUCUCGCUGCAACAAUAGGCUCAGCGGCUCAAAAUAGUUACAAUGGUCACCUAGCAAGUCGUGUCAUGCAAGGCCUUGCCACUGGUGCCUCCGAAUCGUUGCUACCGCUGAUGCUCACCGAAGUGACUUUUCUUCAUGAGCGCGGACGCGUGUUUGGCUUGUACUGGACCGUCCAGAAUGUCCUCAGCAGUACGAUGGGCUUAACUAGCAGUUAUGAGGCUGCAGCUCUUGGCUGGCGAUGGUAUUACUGGGUGUUCGCUAUACUGGUCGGCGCGGGUCUUGUCUUAGCCUUUCUAUUCGGAUUCGAAACUCGCUUCCAGCGGCCAGUUGUCAGUCUUGAUGGAAGGGCAGUGCUGACAGACGACUUUGGAGUCACGCAUGUCGUUCCGGACAGUGAGGCUCAGGAGUAUCUUGAGCGCCACGGCAUCGAAGACCAGCUAGGCGAUGAGACUGACGUGCCGCUGAAGAGUUAUGCUCAGAUGCUCAAGCCAUGGGGCAGUUCCCACAAGACCCCGGGACAGAUCAUGUUGCUUUCGUUGCUACGCAUGGCUCAGAGCAUGACGUCUCCUGCUAUUCUCUUCACUGUUCUUGCUAGCUCAAUAACUCUCGCUUGCGUGGUGGAUGUCUCCCUUACCUACGGUGCCGUUCUACAGCAAUAUGGGUGGAAUCCAAAGGACAUUGGUCUCAUCAAUCUUGGCGGUAUCAUUGGUGGGCUGCUGGGUGCCGCUUACUGCACCUUGCUAGGCGAGCCUUUUAUCAUAUGGAUGGCCAAACGAAAUCAUGGCAUCCAUAAACCUGAGCACAGACUAAUCAUCUUGAUGCCUGUGGCUAUCCUCGGCUUUGCAAUGCUUAUCCUUUAUGGAUUCAUGGCAACAGCAGCAUUCGAGGGAGGUGGCUCGUACUGGGGAAUUCUCGUUAGCUGGACGCUUUUCCAAGUCACAUUUACCAGUGUCCUAAUCAUCACAACUACAUUCGCUGCUGAGGCUAGCCCAAAACACCCAGGACCUGCUCUUGUUAUGGUUAUUGGAACCAAAAACAUUGUGUCGUUUGGAGUCGCAUACGGACUAACAGAUAUGGUGCAACACGGAGGUUACACGUGGACCUUUGGGGUACUGGCUGGCAUCUUUGGGGCAAUUUUCAUCCUUGGAAUUCCUAUCUACAUGCUUAACCCGAAAUGGAGAAGAUAUGUCACAAGGGCUGAGGAGAAGAAGGGUAUUACCACUACAGACUAA